CGGCGGCCAGGCUCCGCCUCUCCCGAACCGGGCGGGGAGCUCAGUUAGCGCCGGGGCUCUUGACCCGAGGAGGCUGCGGCUAGUGGCGGGCGACCAGGGGAGACGGCUUUUGGAGGAGGGCGUUUCUGGUAACUCGGUAUGGCUUUUGGGAAGAGCCAGAAAGAUCCCUUCGGCACCGCUGUGGGCCACCUGAUAGAAAAAGCCACUUUUGGAACACUGCAGACAGAAGAGUGGGGACAGUUCAUGCACAUCUGUGAUAUUAUUAAUACGACUGAAGAAGGCCCCAAGGAUGCAAUCCGAGCAUUAAAGAAAAGGCUGUCCAAAAACUGCAAUCAUGUUGAGAUUCGUUUUACGCUGUCUCUUCUCGACAUGUGCAUGCAGAACUGUGGCCCAAACUUCCAGUCUCUGGUAGUGAAGCGGGAUUUCUGCAAAGACCGCCUGGUAAAACUGCUGAAUCCAAGGUUCAGCCUGCCUGUUGAUAUGCAGGAGAAAAUCUUGACCUUUAUCAUGGCUUGGGCUCGAGGAUUCCAAGGUGCUGUGGAUGUGAGUGAAGUCAAAGAGGUGUACUUGGAGCUUCUCAAGAAAGGAGUUGAAUUUCCAGCCUGUGGCAUUCAGAAGCCUUUGAGUCAAACCUCCAUGAAGCCAUCGUUGUUGUGCAGUACCUCUAAGAAUGGUUUGUCAGGGACUCUCCCUGCAGGUACAACAAUAACACUGAUUCCCGAACAGAUUGGAAAGUUGUACAGUGAACUGGAUAUGGCAAAAAUGAAUGCGAGGGUCAUGUCGGCAAUACUGAAGGAAAAUGUCCCCGGAUCGGAGAAUCCAAAUGAUAUGGAGCUUCUGCAGAAACUCUAUAAGACAUGUCGAGUAAUGCAAGAGAGGAUCAUGGAACUGCUAGCAACAGUACAGAAUGAAGAUGUGAUAACUGAAUUAAUACAAGUGAAUGAAAAUCUGAAUAAUGUCCUGAUGGGACAUGAAAGGUUCUCUAGAAACAGAGUCCGUUUCCUUGAGAAUCAGAGGAUUCAAAAUGAACGCACAACAGUCAAUGGCAACCAGCCCUCUGCUCCCUCAUCUGACUUGCUUGACCUCGAGUCAAGUUUUCCAGCUACAGUGCCAAAGCCUGGGGGAGCUGGCCCUGUGACUUCUCCGUUUUCAGAAUUAAACUGCAGGCCAUCAAGUGUUGCUGUUCCAAGCACCCACCUGAUGCAACCAUCACUUUACCCUCAGCUAAACCCACUAUCUGCUGCAAAUACACUGCAGACCUCGUACACAACAGAAGCACAAAGCACAAGUCACAGCUUUCCAGUUGCCAACCAAUAUGAGAACGUAAACUCCAUUUUAAAUCCUGUGCCUCUCCAACCAGUAAGCCUUCAGAUUAAUGGGACAAGAAAUACAGCAGCAGCAGCAGACUGUUCCAAAAGCCACACACCACCUCCCAAUUACUACGAGCUCAUGGAGUUUGAUCCACUGGCUCCUAGUGACAAAACAGAACCUAUUUAUGAAGAAAUUGACGCACAUCUCUUCAGACCUAGUGUUAACAGUCAUACCAGCUGCUAGCCUCAAGAGGUCCAACAAAAAUAUCUUCUUUUCCUGUACUAGAGACUGUUUUGGUAACUUAAAGUCAUUUCAGUUAAGCAACAAUACUUAUUGAAUAGGUAGGAAAAGUCUGUGACAUACAACCUAAGGUGUUGCUCCUUCACGCUGUACCUGAAGUGCAUUAUUUGACAUUAAGUUCCAAUGGAUCACUAUGAGUGCAAGGUUCUCCAUGUAUUUGAGAUUGAAGUCUACAAACAACAUACAGCAUGCUUUCCAAAUGUUGAUGGCUGGAACAACACACAUUGCAAUUUACACCAUAAAAUAAGUGUUUCACUCACAGUGUAAUAUACCCUGCUUAAUUAUAUGUUAAACACUUCCAAUUUGAAGAACUGCAUAAAACGAACUUCAGUACUGGCCCCAAAGGAAACCCUCCCAGAAUCCUUAAUUUGGGCUCAGCAGCUCUAGAGGCCCAGUGGCUGUGGCAGUGAGACCACUUUAUGAGAGAUUGGGCCACACAUCUCCAUUCUAUUGUAAAACUAGUUGCUAAUUGAAAGAUUUGAUACUUCGACAUUUUUUACAUAAGUUUCUUGAUCUUCUGAUCUCACUAUGACACUUUUUACAUGGAGUUAUUUAAUGUACCAGUUGUCUUUUAAGAAACUUGUACAAGCUUUCCACAACAAAGGAAAUGUGAAUCUGUGUGACAAUAUUUGGCAUGCCUGGAAGUUCUGCUCCAUUUCACUUGCCAUCCACUUUCCCCAUAUACAUUUUUCACCAAUGGACGCUCACUAAAUACUGCACAAGCAAGUCUAGCUCCAGGUUUCAUGGGGCCUCAUUGGAAGAAACUGCAAAGUAACCAAAUGAAAGGGAAAAUCCCAGAGGUACUUAAUUUGGGGGCUGCUUUGUUUCCCCCUGCCCUUAACAGCUCAGGUAUCUAUGCAGUUUGGUGAUGGAUCAUAAUAAAGAGUGACUGGAAGAAGUGCCUUCACUUUCCUUUAAAAGCAAAAUGUAUAUUUUUCUGAUUCUGUCCAGAAAGGACAAAUAAUAAAAGUAAUUGCAGCUGG